UAGAGGGGACUUACAAUGACGGAACUACACGUAUUCAAAAAGAUAUGUGAAUCAAUAUUUGGAAUAGAUAAAAUGACCGAGUUCUUGAAUGGUGGAUGUCCUGUGGUAUGUAUCCUGAUUGGUCAGUUUAAUGUUGCUAAUAAUAGACAUCGAAAGAGCAUUGUAUUUAUUUCACAAUCAAACAAACAGCAAAAGAACCAGUUGAAAAACCUCGAUUUUUUUAUUGUUCUUGCGACUAACAUGAGUGCAGUAGCUACAGCGGUGAAUCAAUUCGCUGCGGACCUUUACGCAGUAUUAAAAAGCCAGGAAAAGUUCCUUGGAGAUAACUUAUUCUACUCCCCGACCAGCCUGAGUAUUGCUUUGGGGAUGGUGUACAAUGGUGCCCGAGAAAUUACUGCAGAACAAAUAGCCCAGGGUUUUCACUGGAAAAACAUGAAAGUUGAAAAACUAAACGAGUCAAUGAAGUCGUUCAGCGAAGCCCUAACAUCUGCAAACACCGCCAGCAAUGAGCUAAACACAGCCAAUCGACUCUUCUUGCAGCAAGACUUUCAAGUGAUUCAAGAGUUCACAGAUUGUUGCAAGAAUUUUUACGACGCCGAGACUGCGUUGGUCGACUACAAAAAGGAUUUCGAAGGCGCCCGGAAGAUGAUUAACACUUGGGUUGAAGAGAAAACGAAGGAAAAGAUAAAGGAUUUGCUUCCGUCGGGCAGCUUAAACACACUCACCAGAGCCGCUUUAGUCAAUGCCAUCUAUUUCAAGGGGAUUUGGGAGAAGCAAUUCGACAAGGCACACACUUUUGACUCUACUUUCUUCACCAGCCAGAAUAAAGAAGUGAAAACCAAAAUGAUGUUUCAGAAGUCAAAGUUUAAAUUUGGUCAAGAUAAAAACCUUGAUUGUCAGCUGUUAGAAAUGCCGUAUACUGGGGGAGAUUUGUCCAUGGUUAUUCUAUUACCCAAUGAAAUUGAAGGUCUCUCCAAGCUAGAAGAGAAGCUGACAUACGAAGCCCUUCAAGGUGCCCUCACGUCAGUCACCAAGGCACGCCCCUUUGAAGUUGAGGUCUCCAUCCCGAAGUUCUCAAUGACGAGGCAGUUUGAGUUGAAGAACAUUCUUCAGCUGAUGGGUAUGGGUGAUAUGUUUGACGAAGUGAAAUCCAACUUCACAGGAAUAACCAAAAGUCCUGAGAAACUUUAUGUCUCUCAGGUAUUCCAUAAGGCAUUUGUUGAUGUAARUGAAGAAGGAACAGAAGCUGCAGCUGCGACGGCUGCUGUCAUGAUGACGAGGAUGAUGGUGCAACCUCCACCAUCAUUUACUGCUGACCACCCAUUCUUGUUUUUGAUUCGACACUGCAAAUCUGAUGCUAUCCUCUUCCUGGGCAGAGUUGUAAAACCAGAAUCCACAAAAUAGAUGUUGAGAGUAUUAGAAAUUAAUAUAAACAUGUGUUUGAUCUUUCAAAUGGAAUAGAACAGCAUUGUAAAACAAGUGUUUUGUUUUUGUUUUGGCUACUGUCCUGUUGACAUAAAUGGACAAAGAAUAGACCCACUUAGCUUGACCAUAGUGUUUUACCCAUUUUAGACCAUGUGUCAUUCCCUAGAGUAUCAUUUCUUUGUUUAAUGGUUGCACAUGAGAAGACUGUCACAUGAAUAUGGAUACAACUCAAACAAAUAAUUGUAUUCUUUAGGGAAUGACAUGUGGCCUGAAAUGGAAAAACAUCAUAACUGAGGUCAAAAUUAUAGUUACUAUACUAAUGAGAGAUGUAGAAAUGCAAUAUAAAGACUUUAUUCAUUGAAAUGAUACUCAUUGAUUUCUUAGAAAUUAGUGUAUACUUUACCAAGGAUCAAUAAAUCAGGUAAAAAUGUA